UAGGAUACGAGAUAUAAACCUUCUAAUCUCCUUAUAAUAAUCUCCGUCAAUAAAGAUUCAAUUAAUCAGCAAAUUGUCUCCGAGAAAAAUCCACAUCGAGGCAGCUAUGCAUAUAUCUAUUCAUUUAUUUACUUCUUCUCUCUGAUUGAUUUCUUCUCGGAGGCUCGGAGCUAGCUGAAAGAAGACUAUGACAGAGUAAUGUUCCUGAUUUGGAGUCAGUUGAACUCUGAGGAUCUCAGUUAGAGUCUUCUGUGAUAUCUGUUUUUUUCCUGAAAAAGAAUAGAAAGAAGAAGUCUCAGGUGUAUGAGUAUUACUAAUAUAGGUAUGGAUUUUGUAAUGCAAUCUGUUGGUGAUCUUGAUUGGGAGAAGGAAUCUUACCCUUGUUAUGAAGACUUUCUCCUUCUUCCUCUGUUUGUUUUGUUCUUCCCCACUGUCAGAUUCUUCCUUGAUAGAUUCAUCUUUGAGGAGGUCGCUAGAAGACUGAUUCUUGGAAAAGGUUAUCGAAAGAUAAACGUUAAGACAGAAGAGACAAGGAAAAAGAUCCGUAAAUUCAAGGAGUCAGCAUGGAAAUGCAUAUAUUAUCUUUCAGCUGAGGUUCUUGCACUUUCAGUUACAUAUGACGAGCCCUGGUUUACUGAUACCAGAAAAUUCUGGGUGGGACCCGGAGAUCAGGUCUGGCCUGAUCAAAAGCUGAAAUUGAAAUUGAAAGGCGUGUACAUGUAUACUGCUGGUUUCUACACAUACUCCAUAUUUGCUUUGAUUUUCUGGGAAACAAGGCGUUCAGACUUCGGUGUAUCAAUGUCUCAUCAUGUGGCAACUGCCAUUCUCAUUAUAUUGUCUUACAUAUUCAGGUUUGCCCGAGUUGGUUCUGUUGUUUUAGCUCUUCAUGAUACAAGUGAUGUUUUCUUGGAAAUUGGGAAGAUGUCCAAAUAUAGUGGUUUUGAAAGUCUUGCAAGCUCGUCAUUCAUUCUGUUUGUUUUGACAUGGCUCGUACUCCGUCUUAUAUACUACCCAUUUUGGAUUCUUUGGAGUACCAGCUAUGAAGUUCUCGUGUCGCUGGAUAAGGAUAAACAUCAGACGGAGGGUCCCAUCUACUAUUACGUAUUCAAUUCUCUUCUAUACUGUUUGCUUGUUCUUCAUAUUUACUGGUGGGUGCUGAUUCAACGGAUGCUUAUAAAACAAAUUCAGGCCCGAGGUCAGCUUAGUGAUGAUGUUAGAUCUGAUUCUGAAGGUGAAGAUGAACACGAAGACUAACCUUUAAUUCUAUUGACAAAGUCACCACGGUAUGCAUUAAGAACGUGCUCACAAGAUCCAGACAAAACUAAUUUUAUAUUAUUCUUUUCAUUUUAGUUCUGCACCAUUUAUAUAUGUUCUUGGUUCAGAGCUAGAAAUGAGUUACUCGGGGAGGAAAAAAAAAAGAACAUAUGAUUUUUCUUGGAGGUUCUCUUGCUCGUAAUUAUUAUCCACGAAUUCAUUUCAAAAUGAAGGUAAGUUGCAGUAGAAAGUAUGACAGUCAUUUGUGUUGCAGAUUUAAAGCGUAGUUUAGAGGGUAGCAACUAUAGACGCCUGUAGGAAAGAUCUUUUUUCUUAUGCUGUAAGAUCUUCACACUGAUUAUAUUUUGUAGGCAGGUUCAAAUCCUGCUUUAAAAUUUAUACAAUAUACUGGGUUUGUCACCUGGCAUUUGUCUCAGCUAAAUUACCAAAAAACGAUCAAUCUUCUUGAUUGAAACUAGUCUUGUUUAUCUCUAAAUAAGUUAAGUCUUACUACUGCA